GGAUACUGUACUUCCGGGUUUGAUGUUUUGAACCGGGCGUGCGGAGCGUCCCCCAAACAAAUCCCGGCUGCUAAGACACCGCCUGAUGCGGGCUGGGCUGGUUUUUCUGUCGGAGGGCGCGAGCGAGUGCGUUGCGCCUUUAAGGAGUCAAGCCAAGCCUAUCGCCGAGAGCGAGAGUGCGCAGGUGCGGGGGACCUGGGACCAGAAGGCGGCGAUCGGGCAGCAAGACUCCAGCCACUGAGACGCUGCAGGUGUCAACAGGCCUCAAGGAACAGGAUGGAUCUCGAUGUGGUUAACAUGUUUGUGAUUGCCGGUGGGACCCUGGCCAUUCCAAUCCUGGCAUUCGUCGCUUCUUUCCUCCUGUGGCCUUCAGCGCUGAUAAGAAUCUAUUAUUGGUACUGGCGGAGGACACUGGGCAUGCAAGUCCGCUAUGCACACUAUGAAGACUAUCAGUUCUGUUACUCCUUCCGGGGCAGGCCAGGACUCAAACCAUCCAUCCUUAUGCUCCAUGGAUUCUCUGCACACAAGGAUAUGUGGCUCAGCGUGGUCAAGUUCCUUCCGAAGAACCUGCACUUGAUCUGUGUGGACAUGCCUGGACAUGAAGGUACCACCCGCUCUUCCCUGGAUGACCUGUCCAUAGUUGGGCAAGUUAAAAGGAUACAUCAGUUUGUAGAAUGCCUUAAGCUGAACAAAAAGCCCUUUCACCUUAUAGGCACCUCCAUGGGUGGCCACGUGGCGGGAGUAUAUGCUGCUUACUACCCAUCCGAUGUCUGCAGCCUGUCUCUCGUGUGUCCUGCUGGCCUGCAGUAUUCAACUGACAAUCGGUUUGUACAACGGCUCAAAGAGCUGGAGGAUUCAGCUGCCAUUCAGAAGAUUCCCUUGAUCCCAUCCACCCCAGAGGAGAUGAGUGAGAUGCUCCAGCUCUGCUCCUAUGUCCGCUUCAAGGUGCCCCAGCAGAUCCUUCAAGGUCUUGUCGAUGUUCGUAUCCCUCAUAACAGCUUCUACCGGAAAUUGUUUUUGGAAAUCGUCAGUGAGAAAUCCAGAUACUCUCUGCAUGAGAACAUGGACAAGAUCAAGGUCCCAACACAGAUCAUUUGGGGGAAACAAGACCAGGUGCUUGAUGUGUCUGGGGCAGACAUAUUAGCCAAGUCAAUCACUAACUCCCAGGUAGAGGUUCUGGAAAACUGUGGCCAUUCGGUGGUGAUGGAGAGGCCAAGGAAGACAGCCAAGCUCAUUGUCGACUUUCUAGCUUCUGUGCAUAACACAGACAACAAUAAGAAGCUGAACUGAACUGAGGCCGCUGCCACAGCCUGCAUUGUGCACACAGCAUCUGCUCCCAUCCCCAAAACCUGACACAGUAACCACUCUCAGGGAUCCUGCCCCAAAUGCUGUCAGAGCACCAACGUCCCUGAGGAAACCAGUUGCCUAUCCCAGUAUCCUCGGUUCCACAGAGCAUCAGGGGCCACAGGAACUCUCUAAGAUCCUUUUUCAAAAUAGAAACCUGAAUGGAACAAUAAAAACAAAAUCACACGUAGCCAUGAAGCCUACCCGAAGUCUUCAAGUUCAUGUCACUGAGAAGCCAGUGCUAAGCAGCCAUCCUGGACCAUGGUUAUCAAACACACUUUCUUUAAGACAUUCCUCACACGUUAAACUUGAUCUAUUUUGUUGUUGUUUCAGAUGUAUCCCCUGCAUGGUCAGUGGCUUUUUCUACAGGAGCUUUAGUCAUUUAUUGAAAACUCUUGUUUAGAUCUAAUUCAAGUUUUACAUAGAGGCCCAUGUGUGACUGCAGCGCACAUUAGCCGCAAGACCAGGGAAGAGGCAGCGAAUUGUGGAAGUGGUUUCUGCCUUGAGGCCUGAUGCACCGGAGGCUGAGGCGGAAGGAUCCAAGAUCAAGGCCUGCCACAGGAACAGAGUGAGUUCAAGGCCAGCCUAAGCUACUGAUUGAAAAAAGAAGAGAAAAUGUGUCUACCUUUUUUUUUUUUUUUUUUUUUUAAUGUAGAAAUCUACAUGAGGAGGCAUUGCUUCACCUCAGUCAGCCCUAAGAACCGACACCAAACAGCAGAACAUACAGACUGAUGAGUUUGGACACCCGCAUGUCAGAUAUAUCUGACCGACCACAAUGAGGAACACCUGACUGGGAGGGUUCCCUAGGAAUGAUUUAUAAUUUUAAAAAUACGACUAAUAAAGCAAUAAUGUUCUAGACUUCUAUCUAGUCAGACUGGAGAGCCACACCAAGCAGCUCACGAGCAUCUUUUCUGUUCUGCUGUUCUACUGAAAAACCCUCGGAAGUAAAAAUACCAGUUUGUUAAUGAAUUCUGUGAAUUCAGUGAGCACUCGUGUGAUUGAAAACAAAUGAGUCCAAACAGCUGUGAAAGAGACCACAAUAAUGUGAAAUAAAUUUACUAAGUCUAGGCUGGCAACA